AUGCCCUACAAUACGGCCCCUCCCUCCGCCAAACCUCCUUCGGCAACCCCAGAGUUCGGAUCUCUUUCUGUUGUUGUCUUGAUCAAUGCUGUCAUGGGAAUUGACAGGGGGAGAACAGGCUCCUUCGGCCCGGAGAUUCCCAUGCUCCAGAGUAUCUCGCUCCCCAUGAGAUCAGGGUCGUGCUGCCUUCCAGGCUUCCUGCUCGAGAUUGACACCAAGUUGUCCCAUUUGCCAAAAUAG